AUGUCUCAGCCAAAAAUCAAAGCAGUCUUCUUCGACUUUAUGGGGACAUGCCUUGACUGGCACAGCAGCGUAGUGCAAGCACUACCCAGCGCCAUCCCCAAAGAUGAAGCCUCAAAGUUCGCCCUGGAAUGGCGUAGGCAAUAUUUCUUAGAGAACAGCAAACGAGUUAGCGAAAACCUCCACCCAGAAGACAUUGAUAUCACCCUUGCCCGCACCCUGGAAGCACUCCUCGACAAAUCACCCGACCACAAAGCGCACUUCGACACCGAGACGAAUGAGAAAAUAAUCCAAGCUUGGCAUUCGCAGAAAGCAUGGCCUGAAGUCUCCGAUGCAAUCAAGAGUCUUCGACAAGACCUCGGUCUGGAAGUCUUUGUUCAUGCAAAUGGCACGACACGGCUCCAGUUGGACUUGACUCGGUCUUCGGGGUUGGAUUUCAACAUGCUUUUUUCCAGUCAGCUAUUGGGUGCUUACAAACCUCGUCCGGAGGCUUAUCAGAAGGGAUUGGAGCUUGUGAAACUUCGGCCGGAGGAGGUUGUUUUGGUUGCGGCGCAUGCAUAUGAUCUGCGGGGGGCGCAGAAGUGUGGAUUGAGGACUAUUUAUGUUCAUCGGUGGACUGAUGAUGUUGAUGAAGAUAUGGAGGUGGUCAAAAGUGAAGUUGAUGUGUUUUUGGAGAAUAUGGAUGAUUUGGCUGGUGCUAUUCGGGGAUUAUGA